AUGGGGAGCAUUGGAGAGAAGGAACAGAAGGCGGGGGGACCGAAUAGCAACGAAGGGGCAAGUGAGCAGUUCCUAAGGCGAAGCAAGGAGGAGGUAUUAGGGAGUGAGGUGAGCAUAAGUCUGUACCUCGUGAGAGCCCCAGUAAUAUUCAUUAGGAGGCACCCGAACAAUCCACCCAAGGUGAAGGAGCUCAAGGCUCAGAAGAAGGAACAGGUUUGGACGCCGAAGGAGAAGCAGCCCGAAUAUUGUUAUGACCUUAGCUUCAAAAGCCACAGGAGCACAAGAGGGGUGAGGGGGGUCAGUAGCUGGUUAAACAGGUGGAGCGACUUAGUAAGAAAUUAUAUGGAAUUAAAGGAUGGAGUGGACAUGAAGAAGUUCAAAUCAGAAAAUAACGAAGGACCACUAGAAUGGGAGGAUUUAUUGCAUAGUAUAGUGUCUAGGUGUAUAAACUCAGCUAAAGGGAGAUCCAUGAACACAGAAGAGGAUCAGUAUUUAGGCGAAGCCGACUGGGAUUUAUGGAGAGGUUUCGUCAGUCAAAACGCAAUCAUAAGAUGUCAAGAUUCAGCGGAAUGUCAGAGGAUGUUGUUUUUAGUUGGUUGUAUAAUGUACUGGUUAUGGGGGCGGGAUAUAAGAAUAGUAAACACCGACUCCGGAGCCUAUAAGAAGUGUGAACAGUUGAAGCUCAACUUACUUAAAGUCUCUCAGCAACCAAGACGAUGGAAAUGGGUAUCGGAGAAGAUAACAUUAGGCCCCCAGGAACUGUGUCAGGCUAACACAAACUUCGAGGAUUGUCGCAUGUACGUUCUGAGUAUUGUUUUAGCAGUGGCCAACCAGAUGAGGGAAAUAUGUCCUUCGUGUCCAAUGACAGGAUUAGAUGAGAUAUUUAACGAGCAGAUGUUUCAACUGGCACCAGAAGGAAUAUACUGUCCUACUAAAGACCCAAGUCAACGUCUCUGUUUGAGAAGCGUAGCCGAAGGGGCCAACGGCUACGUAAAGGUAGGCCAAAUCUCUUCGGAACCGCAAGUCCAGGAGGGGGAGACGGGGGGGUCGAAGACAUCGGCCCAGCAAAAGGACAUCCAAAAAGCAGCAAGCCUGAAUCAAGGGACCGGUGCGGGGUCGGUUCAGAACGAGGCUGCGAUUGAAGAACAAGUCAAAACAGGGCCGUCAGGAGAUUAUGAUGCACCGGGAGGUCAUCCAUCCGCCCAUAAAGCCAACAACCUGCAGAAGAAUGACAAGGAUGCCCCCACGGGGCUCCCCACACCUCCAUCGUUGGUUAGUCAAAGUAACGGUUCGAGAAGGAGGCAAAACAGCCAAACCGUAGGAUUACAGGCGAAAUUAGGGACUGACAAAGGGCAAAUAGGGGAAGCUUUAGGCACUGAAGGGGUCCGAAGUGAAACAAACACCAUGUUGCAACAGCAGCCGACAGAAACAAGCACCCCCUUCCAGGACACCCAAGGGGAGUUGGAGCAAACCAGCAGUCUGGGGGGAACCAUCGGGGGUACCGUAGCCGUGGGGCUCUCAUUAAUAGCAAGCGCGUAUGGUUUGUAUCGUAUCUAUUUGAAGCCCUCAAGGAGGAGACGUAAGGUCCCUGUGGAAUUCCCAGCGGCACAAGUCAGCUAUAGGAAAAUAUAA